GUUUCUCACUGGAAGGAGGAGAGGCAGACUGCGGUGUUGUUAGUUUGAACAAAAUGGCUGAAAGACCGCUGUCAUCGAGAGCUCACUGAACGCCCACCGCGAGUGUCCGCUCCGUCGUCUGGAUUCCACGCAGAAUGUAUUUCCCCGGAGCCGCUGCUCGCUUUGCAUUCGCGGCAGCCAGCACGUCGCUAGCCGUCCAGCCGACUUCUUAAACUGAAACGUUUCUUUUGCACUUUAAAACAAGUUGGCCGGCUGGCGGACGUCGGCUUGCUCAGAGAGAACUCUCUUCGGCGAUUUCCCCCCCCCUUCGAAAACUGCCUGAAUUCUCCGUUUUUGCAAAACUUCUCCUCAGUCGACGACUUAUAUCUUAACGCAAACCAAGCUAACACUAGCUAACACCAUUAUUCUGCUUUUUAAAAAGUCAUUUUAUUCGUGUUCAGUUAAUUUUUUUUUAUUUUUUGUUUUUGUUAUUAGUGGUGCUUCACCGUUUACCCCUCCCCUCGUUAUAUCGGUAUAUUGUCUUCGAUUAGUUUAAGUUCAAAACGUUUAUUUCAGUAUAUUUUUUUUAUGCUCAAAGCAGAAAUCACCGAACUUGCUGUGUGUAUAUUAUCUGGCUGCGUAGCCGUUGUUUACCUCGAUAUCCUGACACCACAAGCUGCUUCAGCAGCAGUCGGCUUAUCUAUCAAGUCCGACUUUAAUUGCUAAAUCUCUGCACCAACGUUUUACGGGUAACUUUUCAAAAAAAAGAAAACCAUAAAAAAAUUUCAGACAUCGAAUUUUUAUUAUUAUUUUUUUUUUCAUAUUUUCCUGCCAUGCACCGAUUCUUCACUAAAAGCGGCCAAAGCUGUUAUGAACGCAAGCUGAGGGAAGCAAGCAACACAGGAAAGAGAACCGUUUGAUGGAAGAAAAGAAAAAGAAAAGGCAAGAAGAAAAGACCAAGAAGGAAAUCACUCAGAAAAAGGCUACUGAUCAGAAGCCCAAAGUGCCAGAGCCUGUCCCCACUAAGCCCAGUCCUGGUUCAUCUCACCACCUCCAACCCUCCAGCCCCACGCUGCCCCUCUCCUCCUUCUCCACCUCUACUUCUGGCAAUGGCAAGGGCCCCCCAUGUGGUAGCCAGGUCCUGACUCAGAGCCCACUCCUGCAGCAGUGCCACUUGUCCUCUGCCAGUGGCCGCUAUCCGCCCAGAGAGGUGCCCCCUCGCUUCCGUCAGCAGGAGCACAAGCAGCUACUGAAGAGAGGCCAGCCGCUGCCCGCAGGAGCCUUCGGCGCACUCACCCUCCCUCCUUCCUCUCCCUCCUCUUCACCCUCAGCGUCUUUGUCGUCAUCUGCUACGACCCAAAACUCUGCCACGUCCGCUACAAGCAAACACAAGCCAGACAUAUCCCUGCUGAGCAGCUCUGGUGCCCAGUAUGAAAAGUCUCAUUGGGGCACUUCAGUACCUGUUGACGGACCUUCCAGUGCCAACAAUUGGGAUAAAGUGAUCAUUGACGGAAGUGAUACAGAAGCUUGGCCAUCCAUUAAGCAUAAUAUCGACUCCGACCAGCCAUCAAACCCAGAAUGCUCCUUGGGCUCAGCUAGCUCUAACUUAGACACCAGUGCUGUCGCUUCUAGAAGUAGGAGUGGUCUUCUGAGUAUGGCCACAGGUGCCACUGGCCAGCAGGCCCACUAUAACUCUCUCAAACCAAGCAGUACCAUGAUGACGGGACCUGUGUCAACCAGCACGUUAGCAGCUAGUAGAGGCUGGGGUUCAGAUGGGAAACAAGAUGGCAUGAAUGGUGGAAGAGUAGCAGCCCCCAGUAACUGGGGAUCACCUAAUUUUAACUUGAACCUCAACCCCAAUGCCAACCCAUCGGCUUGGCCUGUCUUGGGACAUGAAGGUGGUGCGGGAGGUGUUAAUGGCCCCAGCUCUUCGUCCCUCCCACCAGGCAUACAUGGAAAUGGAAAUGUGGGAAACGGGAAUGCGGACAAUGGUGGGGGGAGUUGGGUCAGCAUGAUAAGUGGUAAUGACAAUGAUCAGCAGCACCUUUCAACCAACAAAAACUUAUCUUUCAAUAUGGAGCCUGCUAACCUUAACACUGAUGGACCAAACUAUACUAAACAACAACAAGCUCAGGAGCCUAUGAGCCCCAUCCACGGUCUUACUGGAUGGGGUGGUCAUUCACCCACUGAGUCUUCCCAGCUCAGUGGGGACACAACAGGCAGCUCUGUGUGGGGUGGAGGAGAAAACAAGAUGACAGAGUCUCCGAAAGACUCGGGCUGGGACUCAUCUCCCUCUGGAGGGCUUUCUGCUUGGGGCCGCCAAGGCAGUGGCGGUGGAAGUAGUGGCAGUGGUGGCUGGGGAGACUGGGGGAAGUCCUCUGGAGGUGGGGAUAUAUCCAAAGGCUGGGACUCGGUGGAUGCUGGUAAUUCUGGUCCAGGCCAGGAUCACCAAAUGAGUUCAUGGGGCAAACAAUCAGGAACAGCUCCAGCGAGUGAGGAUAGCGGAGACAGCAGUGAAGGGCGAUCCCGAUGCAGAGACAGAUCUUCCAGCAUGGAAUUUGCCCCUCUGCUCCCACGGCAGGACCUAGACCCCCGAGUGCUGAGUAACUCGGGUUGGGGACAGACCCCCAUCCGGCAGCACACUGUGUGGGAGAUGGAAGUAGCCAAUUCUGAUGAUGGGAAGAGCAUUAGCAGCUCAGACACCAUGGGAUGCUCCAGCUCUAAUGGUGGACCCUCAUCAACCAAUGGAGGUGCUAUUAACCCUAACAUUGGGCCCAGCCAGAGGCCUGGAUCUGGCGGAAAAAUGAACAGUGAAGGAUCAUCCUCCUCUGGUUGGAGCGCUCCUCCACCGCAGCCAAUUCAAACUGGAUCAGGAUGGGGGGACCCCCCACUUUCAGCAACCAAAGCCCCAAAUGGGACAGCAUGUGGCUGGGGAGACCCUUUACCUACCAGUGGUCCUAAAAAUGAAGACUGCUCAUCCUGGGGUUCUGAUGAGAAGUCAUCUAGCUGGGAUGAUGGCAUGAUGAAAAACAAGCCUAGCAGCUGGGGAGAAAGCCCCAAAAACUCUCAUAGCUGGGGCAACAGUAAUGUGGGUUCCAGUGGUUCUACCACAGGUGAGUGGGGGGCCCCAGACAUGAAGAAAAAUGGUUCCUCCAGCAGCAUGUGGGAAGGAGAAGGAAGUAAUGGAGAAAACAGUGGAUGGAAUGAAAGCCCUAGAGGAGGAACCAGAGGAGGUGGGAGCUGGGGGAAACCUACUCCUGCUGUGAGCAACAGCAACUGGGGAGAAACCCCACGUGCCAGUGGCCCAGUGCAGGGAGGCUGGGGCUCUGCAAAGCCCCAAGAAAGCAGCAGCAGUGGCAGCAGCACUGGUAGUGGAGGAUGUGUCAGCAUUGGUUCCUGGGGUGGUCCUGGCUCGGUGAAGCAAAGCAACCCUGGCUGGGGAAACGCUAGCAAGCAGGAGCCGGGCACGGAGCCCACUGGUUGGGAGGAGCCCUCUCCUCCCUCCAUCCGCCGGAAGAUGGAGAUCGAUGACGGAACAUCAACUUGGGGUGAUCCCAAUGCCUACAGCAAGACCGUCAACAUGUGGGAUCGCAACAAUCCAAAUAACAACCCAGGCAACAGCGGCCCACCACCCAACAAGAAUGGUGCAGUAGCAACGAUCAGUAAUAACAACAAUCACUCUCACCACAUGCACCAUCAUUCUCACCAUGGCCAGCCCCCAAGUCACAUGCUGCACCAAGGAAACAACAAUGGGUCACCAAAUAAUGCUGCCUCUCAUCCGGCUGGGGGACCCCAGGGUAGACCGCCCCUUGCAAAUCCAGGUUGGGGAGAGCUUCCCAGUGUCCAGCCCAAGCCGGAGCCUGCGUGGGGAGAGCCAGCAGCUCCAACUUCAGCUGUUGACAAUGGUACAUCUGCUUGGGGGAAACCCCCAGGUGGUGUUGGAGGAUGGGGAGACGGUGGCCACGAGCCACCUGGCCCUUACGUGAGGUCAAAUGGACACACGGGUUCUGCACCUUGCAAAUCAGGCCCCAAACCUAUGCAAGAUGGCUGGGGAAAUGGAGAAGAAAUGAGCAUGUCUACCAGCCAAUGGGACACUGAGGAUGGGGAUGUAUGGAACAGUCCCACAUCGCAGGACAGCAGUUCCUCCUGUAAUUCCUGGGGCAACGGACCCAAAAGGUGUCCAAGCAAGGGGAAGAUCGGCAGCAAGCAAGAUGAGACUUGGAUCAUGAACCGUCUGAUUAAACAGCUCACUGACAUGGGCUUUCCGAGAGACCCUGCUGAGGAGGCUUUGAAGAGCAACAACAUGAACCUUGACCAAGCCAUGACUGCUCUCUUGGAGAAGAAGACAGAUCUGGACAAGCGGGGUUUGGGGAUGUCUGACUACAGCAACGGGAUGAACAAGACCCUAGUGUGUCGGCCCUCCGCUCUCUCCAAAGACCCCUCUGACCGCAACACAUUUCUUGACAAGGAUAACGUCCUGUCAGAUGACGCUCCCCCAUCACCAUUUUUGCCUUCCCCCAGCCUGAAACUCCCCCUGGCCAACGGUAGCCUUGCAGGGCAGGGUUUGGGACAGGGCAAUCCGGGGCUGGCCAUGCAAAACUUGAACAACAGACAGAUACCCAAUGGAAUGUUUGGCGGUAAUGGAGCAGCACAAACCCGGGCCAUGCAGCAGCAGCCUCCUCAGCCACCAGUGCCACCUCUCAGCUCCUCCCAGCCUAGUCUACGUGCUCAAGUGCCUCAGUUUCUCUCCCCUCAGGUCCAAGCACAACUCUUGCAGUUUGCAGCAAAAAACAUUGGUCUUAACCCUGCACUUUUAACCUCACCAAUAAACCCUCAACAAAUGACCCUGUUGUACCAACUUCAGCAACUGCAAAUGGCAUACCAGCGUUUACAAAUCCAGCAGCAGAUGAUGCAGGCGCAGCGCAAUGUGUCCGGCCCCAUUAGGCAACAGGAGCAGCAAGUUGCACGUACAAUCACCAACAUGCAGCAGCAGAUCCAGCAGCACCAGCGUCAGCUGUACCAGGCGCUGCUGAUGAAGCAGCAGCAGCUUCCCUCGCAUUCCUCCUCGUCCUCUUCAUCCGCCGGACUGCACCCACCUGGUGGCCCUGCUGGAGUUCCUGGCUCCGGAAAAUCAACCUUGGACCCUUUCACAGGCCCACACCAGGCUCCGGGCCUCGCUGACACACUGCACACCAAAGAGCCUCCAUCUUCGCCCAAUGCCUACAGCACCUACCCUCUUUCUGGACUGAAUCCAAACAUGAAUGUAAAUGGCAUGGACGUUGGGGGUCUGUCCCUGAAGGAGCCCCCUCAGCCCCAGUCUCGCUUGUCCCAGUGGACACACACUAACUCUAUGGACAACCUCUCUGCCAACUCUUCAAAUUUGGAGAAUAACUUUAAUAAUAAGCAUGGUGCCAUAUCUGCUGCCUCUACCCUUGGACCUCCAGGGAAGCACCCCCAGCUGGAGGACUCGUACAGCCCUUACAAUCUAAUCUCUAACUCAGAGUCCCCCAGCAGCCCUCUGGUGCCUCCUGACAACUGGGGCCAAGGCAAGAGCCCCAAUGAAAAGAUCUCAAAUGGGGCCAACAUUAACUGGCCUCCAGAGUUCUGCCCAGGUGUGCCAUGGAAGGGCCUUCAGAAUAUUGACCCUGAGAAUGACCCCAACAUGACCCCUGGUAGCGUCCCCAGCGGUCCCACCAUCAACACAAACAUCCAUGAUGUCAACCGCUACCUGCUGCGGGACAGAAACGGAGGUAAACUGACUGAAAUGAAGUCUACCUGGUCCCCGGGGCCCAUUGCUCAGAGCCAAGCCUCUCUGUCCCAUGAGUUGUGGAAGGUUCCUCAGGGCCCGCGCAGCACCACGGCCCCGUCCCGGCCCCCACCUGGUCUCACCAACACCAAGCCCUCCUCCACGUGGGGCGGCAGCUCGUUGGGACUGGCUCAAGGCUGGAGUGCCACUUACGCCUCUGAGGGAACCACGUGGAGCACAGACAGCGCCAGCAGGACCAGCAGCUGGCUGGUGCUGAGAAAUCUCACCCCACAGAUUGAUGGUUCAACCCUGAGGACCCUGUGUAUGCAGCACGGUCCCCUGAUCACAUUCCAUCUCAACCUGACUCAGGGGAACGCUGUGGUGCGCUACAGCUCCAAGGACGAGGCCGCCAAGGCCCAGAAAUCCCUGCACAUGUGUGUGCUUGGAAACACCACCAUCCUGGCAGAGUUCGCCGGGGAGGAGGACGUCAACCGCUUCUUUGCACAAGGCCAGUCGCUGGGGGCAACCACCACGAGCUGGCACGCCAACCCAGGAAGCAAUCAAAAUCGGAUGGGCGGGAACUCCCAGUCCCACUCGAUUGGCCAGUGGAGCAGUGGCGGUGGCGGCGGCGGCGGUGGGAGCAAGGCCAGCGGGAGCGACCUGCUGUGGGGCGGAGUCCCCCAAUACUCCAGCCUGUGGGGGCCGCCCAACGGAGAGGACGCCCGCGUGAUCGGGAGCCCCACCCCCAUUAACACCCUGCUGCCUGGAGAUCUGCUGAGCGGAGAGUCCAUGUAGUGGGCGACUCAACAAUACCCAAUCAGCGCCCUCUUGUGUCAGCUGCUGGUGGGGGAUCGGAUCAGAAGCGAAAGAAAAGUCCAAAACAGAAAAAGCAAGAGCAAAACCCAAGCAAAUCAUGUGGCGAUAAUCAGUAUCAAGUGAAACUGUUUCAAACUGUGAAUUGUAAAUCAGAAAGCUGAGGGUCCCUGACAAAGACUGCAGACCCCCGAUGCCUCUGCUUUACCCCGGUCCUCUUUCUUUUUCAUUAAUCUAUUUUUAUUUUUUUGUCUCCGUUUAGUAUUUUCCAGAAACAAACUGGAUUUCAGUUUCAGCAUCUAAAACUGGAAUUGGUCACAACAAAAAACCCUUGUAGGUGUUCCCCCCCCUCCAGUUUUUCCAGAAGUAUACACAACAUUUUGCGCAAAGUGUUUUUAGAAGUCGCAAUCAAAGCUGCCACCUGAGACUUUUUUUUUAUGAACAAACAAAUGAAAAUCCUCCCAAAAUAACACUGAAACCAACCAUUCCCAGCGUAUCCAUGGCCAAUGAUGUUGUUCAAAGACCUUUACUUGUUUUGUUUCUCAGCACUAAUAUUAGCCUUAAGUGCUCUCUGGCCCAGGAACUUCCCAAGCCACCUGAUUUUAUUCUUAUUUUUGUGUUUUUUUUUUUUUUUUGUAAGUGAAGAAUUAGCUGAUAUCUUGCACAGUUCACCUCUGAGCCAAUGAGCGGUCCAGGAGGCGGUGAAGAGCUCCGGACCGCCUGACUGGCACUACCAAUCAUCUGCUCAGAUCCUUGAACUCGUCUCAAACCUAGGGUUUGCACAAGCUGUAGACUUUUUACGUGUCAAACCCUGCCGUUUCUUAUUUUCCUCUCUUGUUGUCAUUUAUCACAAGAUAUAAGCUGCGAGAAGAUUAAAGCCGUGAACCUUGCUGCACGCGUGACGUCCGGUUGGAUCUAAUCAUCACCUGAAGCCUGGACUCCAGUCGCUUACUGGUGCUUUUGUCGAAUCUUUUAUUUGCUCUGUUUGUCGCCGAUCUGCCGAUUUUUUAUUAUUUUUUUUUCUUUUUCAGAGGACAAACAGAAAAAAAACCUCCUCAGUUUUACUUCGAUGUGACAGUUACAUUGUGCAAUAUACACCAUCAACCUUUCUUCCGUCCAUGCUCCAUACAGAGUCGGGGGUUUUUUUGUUUGUUUUUGUUUUCUUUUAUGAUUGUUGCUGAUUUCAGCAAAAGACUUUGGAACUUCAAAACCCUCCCACCCCCUACUUUUUGAGAAACAAAACAAUUGAUUCCUUUCCAGGCCUCCAAUCCCUGCAAAGCUGUUGGGGGUAUAAAAGAAAAAAACUCUAAAGCAAAGAGGAAGGAGGAGGAAGAGCUGCAAACUGUACUGAAAGAACUGUAGAAUGAUGCACACUUCCUCUCUGCUCGCCACAGCCACACCCAACACAGACUGAAACCGCAGCGGGAUUGGACGCUUCUGGUUGUCUUGGCACAAUACCAAAUUAGAGGUGGAGGGGGUGGCGGUUCCUAAUGCAGUAGACCUACGAGUGUUCCUUGCGUUUGGUACUGUACAAACAGAAGAGACUUAAGACUUUUAUAAAUUCAAAGGGUUUGAGCAUAGCACUUAUGAAGAGCAAAUCACUUCAACUGCAAUCCAAUAAAUCAAGAAGAAAAAAAAACAGAGAGAGCAGCAGAAACUUUGCAAACCUCCUGCUCCUCUGCGUACUGUAUCGAUUCCAUGAAAACGUGGCGGCCGCCGUUCCUCCGGUAGCAGGAUGAAGGGAAGCGCGACUGACUCUGAGGCGAAGAAAUGGCAGUGGGGGGGGAACAAGAAAAACUGAACUGUUUUUAAAGUGAAUAUCACUGUUACUCCAAAAUCAUUAGCCUUGUUCUGGUCCGGAGGCACGAGACUCCAGCUGUCAUUCGGGAAGGAGCGGAGUGGAUCCGGGAUACAGGGGGUGUGUGGGGUGUGUGUCCACUGAGUGCCUAACCCUAACCUCCUCCUGGGCUCCUCAAAGACUGGCCAAUCACGGCUCUCGCUCUCUCUCUCUCUUUCUCUCUCUCUGCCACACAUCUCCAACUGGGAGCAGGAAGCGGGGGUCGUCCCGCCGUCUCCUCUGCCUCUCAGUCCUUUUACACAAAGAUCACUUUAGCUGGAAGAUGUAAGAGUCAUAUUCCUGGAAUUUUUUGCCAGUGUACUUUGUAUUGUUUGGAGAAGACCUUUGUUUUUGUUUAAUGUGUGUGUGUUUGUUUUAUGAUUAGUCUACAUGCAGUGGUCUACACGAUACCUGGCUGCUGAACUAGCCCUUCACUGUUCAAAUGCAGAAACACUUUGGUCAGAGGUGCCUCUGUACGCUCAUCCUGUGUAUUGAAUGCAAAACGAGGAUCAAUACUACAGACCGUUAAUGAUUGUGUUGAACUGCUCGUGCUUUUUGUUUUCAACAGUAUUCGUUAGUACUUCCAGGUAGUAAUCUCGACGUGUAAAAGUUAAGGUAAUCUCAGACGCGGGGGAUGCAAGUGUGUGCCGCUCCGAGCUGCUGCCUCUCACCCUCUGCCCGGCUGCUACCCUGUAACCUCCUCCUUAUCCUCAUCCUCAUCCUCAACCAGACCCAGUAGCUCUCCCCUGACCAACUGACCCUCCUAUACAUUUCUAUGCAAAAAGAAUACUAGAAAAGAGGCGGAGGGGGGUAAGGGGAGCCAAAAGUAUUUUUUCUUUCUCCCCCCGUUGAGCUCCCUGUCGACACGUCAAACUGGCUGCCGCCUCCGUCGAUCUUCUCUCUCCGUGCUGGAGACGUCCGUCCAGCCGAAACUCAGGGUAGGGGAGUUGAUGUUUGCAAGUAUGAGACGCAGCUCUCCGUAUAUAUUUAUACAUAUAUAUAUAUGUAUAUAUAUAUUUAAAACCUAGAGCUGACGCCUCCAGUAAUGCUAUUAGUGCACAUGAAAGUUGCCAAUGUUUUGUGCCAAUAUGAAUUAGCUGUGUCAUACUGUAUCUCUAACCUGUAUUGGAGGAGCUUUUGCAGAGGGUGCAGAAGGCAGGAGCAGCACAAGAGUGGCAGCAUCCCCUCCCUUCAUCCUCUGAGACAUUUGUUUUUAAAUGUGUCUUUUUUUUUUAAUGUUUGUUUUAUUUUGGGGAAGGCCUCAUGCUAAGGAGAAAAAUCUUUACUCGGUUUAGGGGCUCCAGUUUGCUACAGUGCACAGUUGAUGAUGGGUAAUCCCGGGUACAUAUUUUUUUAAAAACCAAAAAUGAAAAAAUUGCAUUUUAACGUCAUUUUUAUGAAGUUUGACAUAAAAAUCUUUUUAAAAAUGCUUAAAAAAUCUAAAUGGUUUAAAAAAAAGAGAAGAAAAUCUAUGAUAUGUUAAAGCUCUGCACUUCUAGCUGAAACGUAUCCGGGUCACCAGCCUCCACCGCCGCCAUCCUGAAGGGGUGGACGCAGCGGCCGGGGAGCCGUUUUGUGGAUGCUGUAUUUAUCUCGUGUUUGUGUCCCGCUCAAAGCGGGGCCCCCACUGAACUGUACAUUUCCACACACAUGCCGACACACACACACACAGAUAGCUUCAGGCCUCAGCCUCGCUGUCUCUUCCUCUGCAGCUACAGGAAGAGGGAGGCACCCUUCAAGAGGUACAGUCUUAAGAAAAUAACAAAAAAAAAAUCUCUUAAAAAUGAUUUGAAAUUAAGAAAUGAGAAAAGGCUACCUUUCAGGACUUGGAGUCCUGCAGCACACAAGCAAAAAUCACUAUUGCCUGUUUCUGUAACUGCCUUGAUCUAAGCUCAGACAGCCGAGGAGCUCCCAGCGUUCUGUACUGACCGGAGAACCCCGACAGCGACGGGGCUUUCCCAUGCUGCACCAGCACCGAGAGCCUCUCCUCUCCACAGCUCUCUAGAUACCACAGCUAAUGUAUUCCUAAUUAUGUACACAGUGGCGGUUUUAGAUAUGGGCAGCUGCCCAGGGCGGCAAUAGAAACGGGGAAUCUGAGGACCAGAUUAAGUCGUCUAAAUCUAUCAGUUGUCACCUUGGCAGGUUUUCUGCGUGGACCAUUAUGUGUUGAGCAGGCAUUCCCUGUUGGUGCUGAGGACAGGCAAGACUCGGAUCAUUUCCUGCGUUUUAAUUGGUCGGGAGGCAACAGAUGGAGGGGCGAGACCAUAGAUGCAAGAACCGCAACUGUAUGCAUACACACACACACACACAUAUUGAUAAAUAUAUAUUCCAACAUGUGGUAUCACCUCUUCAAACUUCUUGGAUCGUAAACUCCGACUCUUUAGUGGUCCUGGUUUAUUAAAGCCGAUAAAGAGCAAUAUGUAUUUUCCCCGCAAAUAAGGGAUAGAAAGGAAAGGGUUUGGGGUCGAGUGGAAGUUGAUACUUGAUUGAUUGAAAGCGACGUCUUUCUUCUACGGAGUUAGAUAUGCACGUUCUGGUUUCGGAGGCGUACCACAGCACGCUUUGUGUGUGUGUGUGUGUGAUUUGCCUAUUUUUUAAAAAGCCCGACCCGAAGCACCUGCUAAGUUGCAUAUUUUACCCUGUUGUUAAAUCGCAGACAUAUCAAAACCACAAAAAAAGUUAUUUAACUAAAUACUUGAAUCAUGGAGCGCCAAUAACAAUGUGAAGUCAGUAAUUUUAAAUUUUUUUUUCUGUCCAGCUGACAGGUACAUAUAUGGGCUUUUUUUUUAAAGAGAAUAUCAGAUAUGUAUUGCAUUAGGUUACAGAUUUGGAAAAGAAAACUCAUCUCAGAUGUUCGUAUGAAUGUGUGCUCUAAAAACUGUGUACUCGGCACAUGGCCUGCUGUUAUGUUCAACUCUGUUAUGUUUUGUGUUUUGUUUUUUUUUUGGUCUAAUUCAUUCUGAUUAUCUUCUAAUGUUGCACUGAGUGUCUUCUACCCCUUGCUCAGCUAAUCGUAGGUAAACGCGUCUAAGGGCAAAGGGGCGAUGGUGACAAUUCACGUGUACAUGUUUACUCAAGGACUUUUAUUUUUUUUCUCUUUUGCUCCUCCCCCGUUCUAUCUGUAAAAAAUUAUCUACCUUAUAGUGGCUUUUAUUGUGAGAUAAUCCCAUCUGAGGAUUAUCGUGGAGUAUUGCACCAUUUCGUUUCAGUUACGUAAAAAAAUGUAGCAAAAAACACAAAAAGAAAAAUGUUUAAAAAAAAAAAAAUAAAACCUUUUAAAAAAAUGGAGAUUAAAAAAAAAAAAAGGAAGAAGGAAACAAGUUAAUUGUGGCCAUAGAUAGCUGUAGGACUAGUAAUCCAGAAGUGAACUUGUCAGAGAAAUGUAAAGGGAUAAAGCAUGGGAGGCGAGUUUGUUACGACUCAUUUCAGAGGUGCCUAUCUUUUCUUUGUUUUUGCAAAAAGCCACCUGUCGUUUACAAGCAUGUCAUUUGUCUGAAGCUCAAGAAAACAGGACUCUACAACAGGAAUGUUCUUCAAAAGGACGAAGCUAAUCUUCCAUCAAAAACGGACAUGAAAAUCUUGCGGAACGAAGGUUUGACGCUACUUCAAAACUCUGGGAUCGAUCAGUGUUUGUGUCGUAUUUAAAAAAGACAAAAGUUAAGUUCUCUUUUUGGUGACUAUCUCUCUGUACGUGUAUUGAGUUGUGAUUUGAUGUUUCCUGUAAUACCGCGACGCAGUUCGCUCACUUUCUUGCACACUUGUUAGAAAAAAUAACAAACAAACAAAAAAAAAAAAGAAAAGAUGUGGAUUUUUUUUGUCUCAGGAAGGCCAGGGUUCAAACCUCAUCAGUUCUGCGUUUUAAUGGUAGUGUGGUGAAAAACUAAAGGAACUGACAACUAUUCUACUCCAAGCAAUCACUAAAGUUUUAUUAGUUCAAACCACAAAAGAAAAAAAAAAAGUUUUUUAGAAGUUACAUGUUUACCAAAUAAGACUGAGAAUCAGUUGUUUUUUUUUUCCUUUGCGAAAAGUGGAGCGCUUUACACGUGAAAUCCAAGUAGAAAUUGCUUUACAUUGGAACAAUGAUCAGUUGUUUGUUUAAAAGAAAAAAAAUUACAAAAUGGAUUUUUUUUUUUUUUUCUUUCAUUUCUUUUUAUUUUCCAUUCAGUUUUUUCGGGAGCAUCGUGCAAGCCAUUUUUUUCUUCUUCUUUUAAUAAUUUCCUGUCUAUUGUAGAACAUGUUUGUUCCUGCGACUAAGAUGGCGUUUCCUCCCAUGUAACAGGUGGUUUUUAAGUGGAGGGAUGAAGCUGGUUGUAAAAGGAUUCUGAUCUAUGCACAAGUGGGAGGGACUAGUCCAAUCACCCGCAGAUGUACUGCAGGUGAUGGUCAACCAAGACUCUGGGCUUCGGGGUUUGAUGUUUUGGGGUUAUUGUUUUUUUGUUUGUUUAUUUUUUUUCUCGUGUCUUUCAUCUCCUCCCCCCCCCCAAAAACCCCAUCUUUACCUAAUGUUUAAGCAAAACAUUACAUUGCGUCAUCAUGCUGUGUAAUCCUUAACCAAUGAGCGCUUAUCUCUCUGCUAAAGCACUGUGGGUUGUACUGAAAAAAGCCCAUGACUUUUAAGGCUGUCUGUUUUUUAGGGAGAGGUGGGAGGGUCAGGGUGGGCUGUGGGGACUUUGCCUUUGCCUUUCUCUUCACUUUGGGGAAAAAAAAAAAAGCAUUACGGAAAAAUGUCUGUACAUUUAAUGCAAAGUUGUGGCUUUUAAUGUUGUUCUUUUUUUCUCUCCUCAUAGAAUGUGAUUGUUAAAAAAACAUGCAUUGGAAAAAAACAAUGUUUCCAUGAAUUAUGGAGCUUCUUUCAGACUAUAUUAAUAAAAUACACAUUUUCUCGUCUGUUA